AUGCCGAUAAUCUUCUCCCCGCGCUGGUCUCCCAAGACCUGCCUUCUCUUUGCGUAUCUGACGACCAUACCAUUGUGGAGAGCAAUUCGAAUUUUGGCAUUCUGGGACCGUCGCGCGAGACGACUUGAAGAUUUUGCUCUCGACAUAAUUCAGGGUAUUCCUCUUCUUUUCUGGACUGUCCCACUGGCAAUUCCCGACGAGCCACACUUCUCCAUCGUCAACGGACACCUCAGGGUUUUGACAGAUGAUGAAAGUGCGGAAGAUCCUUUGCGCAUAUUACCAAGUGAUCUUGAGCCCUUAUUGGCAGCCUGGAGACCUUGCGGAUUAACCACGACCAGACCUCCGACCAGGCUGAAACAACUAAACAGCUUCAUGGUUUUUCGAGCGUUCAUGGCACCUCUUCUCCCCGGUUUGCAGCAGAAGAACAAGUCCAGGGUGAUCUCCACGUUUUGGCAAUAUGAUCCUUUCAAGGCUCAGUGGGCUGUCCUUGCGAAGGCGUACAGUCUUCUACGUGAUCAUUUUAUCUUGAACGAUCAAACUCUAUCCCACUUCAUUGCGGUCACCAAGGGGCUCUUCAACUUCCCGACACCCGAACUCUAUCUUGCCCACGUUGGCUGGAAAAUCUACCAAGACGAUGACGGGGAUUUCGAGCUGGUGCAGUGUUCUUCGCGCCUUACUUUUCAGCUACCGAAUAAUCCUGUCUCAGUCAAUGAUGUUGUAUUCUUCUGUGCCGACAUCACAGGCUAUGCAACUCAGAGGGACGAGUCGUUGUGGCCAUUCUUUGUGGGCUUCCGCGAGGAUAUUUUUGUACUCAACGAUCAAGGAGAAAUGCGUGAUCCCUUUGGCUGGCUCAUGGACGACAAUGGAAACCUUAAGCUUGGGCCUUUUAGAGAGUUUCAUCUGGAGGAUCUGUAUGAUGACCCAGAUCCUGACAUGGACCCUCUCAAUGACUUGAUUUUUGUACCUGACUACGAGCAGGCGCGAGAGGAGGAGAGAGCUGCGGAAAAGGCUGCAUAUCUGAAUCAAAUGGGCCCCCUUCCCCCAUUGGAGCCAUGGAUCCACUGGGGCACGAUCCUUCCUGCGGCUCCCGUGGCUGGCCAGUCUUGA